GAGCGUAUGGUAGUAAAGCAAAAGAAGAGGUCUUUCUCAUACACAGAUCCCUAUGAAUUACGGGAAGGUUGCCAAGGCAUUGCUUGCUGGAACUCAUUCUUUUUGUUCAGUUUAAAGGAAGUAGCUUUGUUCUCUUUAGAAAUCUUUUCAGAGAGAGGGAGAGAGACAGAGCUUGCAGGUGUUGGAUUUGUUCAGAUGAGCGGUUAGAUUUUGUCCAACCAAUCUGUAGGUAGCAAACAAAAAAAAAAAACCAGUUUAAAAAUGGAGGGAAGCAAUAGAUGUUGCUAUGAUUAGUUUCUUUGUUUCCCAAUCAUUGAGUUGCCUUGUCUUAAGAGAAACUUGCUAAGAAUCUCUACUUAGAACUUAGUGGGAAAAGGAGCAACACUGAGAGAAGAUGAAAUCCAUGGAAAAUGAUGAUAACAACAACAAUAAUAAUAAGUGGUUGGGUUUUUCUCUCUCUCCUCACAUGACCAUGGAGGUUCCUUCUGGCCCUUCUAACCAGCACCAAACACACCCCUCUACUGGUGCAGUCCCAGCGAACUUCUUCAAUUCCUCACCUCACCUUAACUAUGGUAUUUACUAUGGAGCUGAAGGAGAAAAUGCUAGCUUUUAUUCUCCCUUGUCUAUGAUGCCACUUAAGUCUGAUGGGUCUCUUUGUAUAAUGGAAGCUCUCAACAGGUCACAACAACCACAAGCAAUGGUAUCAACUUCAACUCCAAAGCUAGAGGACUUCUUUGGCGGUGCAACCAUGGGGACCCAUCAUUUUGACAACAAUGACAGAGAAGCUAUGGUUCUUAGCUUAGAUAGUAUGUUCUACAGUCAAAACCCAGACCAACAGCCUAACAACCAAAAUUGCUUGGAUCAUUUUCAACCGAACUCUAGGAACCAAGAACAGCCACAGCAGAUUCAGGAGCAACAGUAUUCAUAUUACUCUGGCUUUAGAAGCCAUGAUAUGAUGUUAGGUGAGGCUAGGGAGAACCAGUUUGCAGAUUGCAGUCUCCAGCUUCCAACAGUGGCAGAUGAUGGGGUUCCUGGCAUGAAGAACUGGAUCUCGAGGAACUAUUCAGCUAAUCAUUCAGUGGAGCAGAAGAUGAUCGGUUGCAUGGGUGACAAUGGAGGUGAAUCUGGGACCAUUGGUGCUGUGGCAUAUGGGGAUUUACAGUCUCUGAGCCUUUCCAUGAGUCCUGGCUCCCAAUCAAGCAGUGUUACAGGUUCACAGCAUGUCUCACCCACUGUGACUGAUUGUACAGCCAUGGAUACAAAGAAACGAGGGCCUGAAAAGGUGGAUCAAAAGCCAAUUGUUCAUAGGAAGUCCUUGGAUACAUUUGGGCAGAGAACCUCCCAAUAUAGAGGUGUUACAAGGCAUAGAUGGACUGGUAGAUAUGAAGCCCAUUUGUGGGACAACAGUUGCAAGAAAGAAGGCCAGAGCAGGAAAGGAAGACAAGUUUACCUGGGGGGUUAUGACUUGGAAGAGAAAGCAGCAAGAGCUUAUGAUCUUGCGGCACUCAAGUAUUGGGGACCCUCCACUCAUAUUAAUUUCCCUUUGGAAAAUUAUGAAAAAGAACUUGAAGAAAUGAAGAACAUGACCAGACAGGAGUAUGUUGCUCAUCUAAGAAGGAAAAGCAGUGGAUUCUCUAGGGGAGCUUCAAUGUACAGAGGAGUAACAAGACACCAUCAACAUGGACGAUGGCAGGCUCGUAUUGGCAGGGUUGCGGGGAACAAGGAUCUUUAUCUGGGGACAUUUAGCACCCAAGAGGAGGCAGCCGAAGCCUACGACAUUGCAGCUAUUAAGUUUCGGGGGGUUAAUGCUGUUACUAACUUUGACAUAACACGGUACAAUGUGGAACGCAUCAUGGCAAGCAGUACCCUCCUUGCUGGAGAACAAGCUAAACGAAACAAAGAGACAGGAUCGACAAUUGAGGUUUUGAACAAUCCUUCUAUUGAUAGUAGCAACGGGGAAGCCUUUCUAUCACAGAAGAACAAUGAAUGUGAAUCAGAUUGGAAAACGGUUAUCAAUCAGUCCUCCCAGGAACUUAAUUACAAGCCACUAAAAUUUGAAAAUUACAGAACUCAGUCUUUCUCAAUGUCCUCACACAAUAUGAUUCAGCAAGAGGUAGAAGACUCAACGAAGAUGGGAGCUCAUGUGUCAAAUGCUUCAUCUUUGGUGACUAGUGUAAGCAGCUCAAGAGAAGGCAGCCCUGAUAAAACUAGUCUACCAGUGCUCCUUGGAUUGCCCCCAACUGCGUCCAAGUUGUUCACUAGUCCAACUGGUGCUGUCAAUUCUUGGAUCCCAUCAGCUCAACUAAGGCCUGCACACUCGCUGCCUCACAUGCCAGUUUUUGCUGCUUGGUCAGACACAUAGGCUGUUGAUAAAACUAGCAUAUGUUUUUGCAUGACACAACGAGAGAGAGGUUUCAUGAGGGUUAUCUUAGUGGAGAUAAUUGGGUUUAAUGGAGGUUUAGCCUUCUUUUCGGAACAAGAAUUUUAAAAUAUUCAAAGUCAUCUUUUUAGUCUUAUCUUAUGUAGUAGGUCUUUAUAAAAAGGAAAAUGGUGGAGGGAAAGUUUUAAAGAUAUUAUGAUGAAGUCUAUAUGGAAUGAUUGUAGCAAUAUGGGAUGGAUGACCUACACACCCAUAAUUUGGUCCAGCUUUAUUGAUCAUAUUAAGUACAGAACCCGCUCAGAUUAUGUCCCAGCAA